UACACACAUAUCCAGACAGAUCGAUCUCUUCCAAAUUUAUUUUCGUCGGAAUAAUUUACAAAUUUGUAUUCUAAAUUUGGGGUGUACGAAAGAAAAUACUAAAUUUUAAUUGAAUAAAAUUUGCGAACAUUCCGAAUGGACAAGCAGCAGAAGUCUGAUGCCUAUUGCGCCCGUUCCACUUCGAGCAGCAGUCGUCGCGUCAUGUGGAAAAUGGACACGGACGAUAAGGAUGAGGAGGUCUUCGACUCGGUCGUCACCUACCGCUGGAUGCCAGCAGAGGUCACCGUUAGCACCAAGAAAUCCAAAAGCAAUCCAGAGGUGGCUGGCAGACAAGAGGUUGCCAAGAAGAACUGGCGCAUGAUGGUUACCGAUUUGGUCAAACGCAAGGACCUCACGCAACAGGAGCAGCCAACUACAUCUCCCGCUGUUGUACCAAAAGCCAAUUCUUUGGCGAAACUGGAGGGACUCGACGGCAAGGAGCGCGCCAAGGCUUAUUGGCUGCAUCUGGAGGAUGAGGAUGAAAAGGAUAUUCCUUUGAGUGGCAGUUCCAGCCUGGCCCUGCGCUACAAACCUUCCCAUGAAUCGCUGAAGUACAAAAGGAGCAAAGACCGAGGACUGGAUCAAGAUCAGCAGCAGCCGAGCACCUCCCACGCGACCGCCGCCAGCUUGAAUGUGGAAACCUGUGACCUGCCGCCGCACCAGACGUGUGUGGUGCGUGAGCCUCCGCCAAUGUUUGCUCACCGCGUGCGCAUCUCAAUGGCCAACGACACCGAUUCGUGCAGCUCCGGGGAGGUGGAAGCGCGGAUUAACGGCACCGCAUCAGAUGCCAGCAGCGUGACCGGACUAUCGAAGCAUCUGUUGAGUGUCGUACUAACGACGCCUGCCUGCAGCUCCUGUACAAGCGAUCCUCAAGUGGAACCCAGGCGUUCCGGCAGGGCACGUUCUCUCUCGGUUUCAGGAAGAAAGUUGAUAAUACCCAGCAACAGCGUCACGGCCGCAGGGUCCCCCUCAGAGCCGGCCAGAAAGUUGACUAUCGCCCGCCACAGCGUCAAGACAGGCGGUUCCCCCCCAGAGUCGGCCAAAAAGUUGACUAUCCCCAGCAACAGCGGUACGGCCGGAGGUGUUCCCUCGGAGUCUGGCAAUCUGUUGACCAGCUCCAGUGUCAGCGCCAAGGCACGCUCCACUUCGGAGUCAGGAAAAAACAGCAACACUACUGGCAGCGUGGUGCCUAAUCUGCGCCAGCGCCAGCAGGAGCUUCACCAUUACCGUGUCCUCGUCGAGAAGCGGCGCCUGGACUUGCUUGAGCUCAAGAUUGCUCGCGAACGUGAGGAGACUUUGCACCAGGACAUCCUCUUCCACAAAGAUUUGCAAAUCAAAGAGAAUCUCUUGAAAACCUAUGACGACAACGAUGUCUCUCACGCUUAGGAACUCCAUUGCAGUGCCACACCACACAACCUAGGAACAACAAUUACAAUAGAAUAAACUAAAUUCGCCAAGGUCACAGUACCUCAAAACGCAUA